AUGGAGGUGUCAGCGGGGCAGGACGGCAUCCAGCGGCUGCUGGCGGCGGAGCAGGAAGCGCAGGCGAUAGUGGCCAAGGCCAGGAAAGCCAAGACUGAGCGCCUGAAGCAAGCCAAGACCGAGGCGGAGCGCGAGAUAGCGGCGUUCAAGGCUGAGCGGGAGGCUGAGUUCAAGCGCAAGGUGGCCGAGGACAGCAGCAGCUCCCAGGGCAACGUGGCUAAGCUCACCGAGGAGUCGUCCAAGGCGGUCACGUCGAUCCAGAGCAGCAUCGCCAGCAAGAAGAAGGAGGUGCUCGACCUGCUGAUGCACCAUGUCACCACCGUCAAGCUGGUCAAGUGAUGGGAGGGCCCAAAGUAAUGUCCAGCUGGACAAGUUAUGAAAGGGCUUUACGCGACGGCUGGCCCACCAGCCUGAACCCACCGCCCACCUGACCUACCCACGGGGAUAGCUGCCGCUGCUGAGCCGCGUGCCAUCCUGUGCUGUGUUGCCUGCCCACUCCCCCUGCACUGUAUUCUUCUGUCUGCUGUAUCCUCUUUUGGGAACCACCAAUGAUGUCAACAGCCCUGUGUUG